AUGCCCGUGAAGUGUGCAACCAGCAGAGCGUGCGCCUCUCUCUGCCAUGCCGCCCCGGUCGCACAGCGUCAGCAUCCCGCCCGCCCGUGUGAGACAAUUUCCCAAUGCCGACCCGUUUGUGUAACAACUUGUCGGACGCCUGCAAUCACUCGGAGAUAUAGCGGACCGGGGUGUGUUGCGUGCCUCGAUGCUCGACAUGACUUGGCCAUGUCGUGUGAUUGCCGGACAGCCCAUUAUCCAUCGCGCGCAGGCAGGCAGAUUGGUGGAAAGGCCCGUGCUGCGUAA